GAAGAACCUUGCGGUGACGCUUGGCGCCUCCCUUUCCGAGUCCCUUGCCUCCCUUGCCGCGGCCAGUCAUGGUUCAGGUGGGUAGCUCAACAGUGGAGUGAGUGUUGGGUUGUUGGUGCGUUCGCUCUAUAUAUGCAGAGCCAGAGGCGGCGGUGGUGGGUCUUUGGGCGAUAGGCUGGCUCCUGCCGUCUACUUCCGGACGGCCCAGUGACGUUGGGUGAGCCUCCACACUGUACUAGGCUCUAGCAUAUGCAGACAGCUCCAAGAGACCCCUAAAUUCCUCCAAUAGGGCUAGAUAGAUGCACUGCCUGACGGGGGCGGGCAAGCGCGGGUCUGCUAGGAGGCGGCGCACGCGCAGGGCGUGGCGGACCACCGCUCCUCCCCCGGCCGCCAAAACUAUAAAAACCAGAAACGGCUGGCAGACUCAACUGUUCUGUUCGUCCGUAGCCAUGGCCCGUACCAAGCAGACUGCCAGGAAAUCCACCGGUGGCAAGGCGCCCCGCAAGCAGCUGGCCACCAAGGCCGCUCGCAAGUCGGCCCCGGCCACCGGAGGAGUCAAGAAGCCUCACCGCUACAGGCCCGGGACCGUGGCCCUCCGUGAGAUCCGCCGCUACCAGAAGAGCACCGAGCUCCUCAUCAGGAAGCUGCCCUUCCAGCGUCUGGUGCGCGAGAUCGCCCAGGAUUUCAAGACCGAUCUCCGCUUCCAGUCCUCUGCCGUCAUGGCUCUGCAGGAAGCCUCCGAGGCCUACCUCGUCGGUCUCUUCGAGGACACCAACCUCUGCGCCAUCCACGCCAAGCGUGUCACCAUCAUGCCAAAGGACAUCCAGCUGGCCCGUCGCAUUCGCGGCGAGCGUGCCUAAGCGGGCGUUCUGCUCACACUAUAUCUAGGCCCUUUUCAGGGCCAAA